AUGAGGCCCGGCUUCGCUUACAGAUUCUCGAGAUCGCUCAAGAUGGCUCUACACCCGCCUCCCGAGAGCGAGAAGCUCAUCUUCGCACCCGCCGGCUCCUCCCAAAACACCCGCGCAGACCAAUUCACCCUCGGCCGCCUCUCCCUCCCCUCCCUGCACCCGACCUCGCCAACCCACCAGUUCAACACCUGGUUCACGGCAGCCCAACAAACCCGCGCCGUCUCCCACCCGGAGACCGCGACCCUCUCCACCGCCUCCCUGCCGUCCGGCCGCGUCUCCGCCCGCAUGGUCUACCUCAAAGAACUCGACGCCAAGGGCGGCUUCGUAGUCUACACCAACCUCGGCACCUCCCGCAAGGCAGCCGACCUCGCCUCCAACCCGCACGCGAGCCUGACGUUCUGGUGGGAGGCGCUGCAGAGGCAGGUCAGAGUCGAGGGCAGGGCGGAGAGGUUGACGAGGGAGGAGAGCCAGGUGUACUACGACACGCGCGUGCGCGGGAGCCGGAUCGGGGCGUGGGCUUCGCGGCAGAGUCAGGUGCUGGAGCCGCAGGAAGGGGUGAGAGGCGAGGAAGGGGAGAAGGACGAUGGGAGGGCGCAGCUGGAGGGGUGGGUGAAGGAGGUGGAGGAGCGGUUCGAGGGCCAGGAGACGAUUCCGGUGCCCGAGUUUUGGGGCGGGUUGAGGAUCGUACCGGAGAGGGUUGAGUUUUGGCAGGGGAGGGAUAGUCGGCUUCAUGACCGGUUUGUGUAUGACAAGGUGGAGGGCGAGGAGGAUAAGUGGACGAUCAACAGGUUGAGCCCUUAG